GUAACCAUGAUGUACGAGGAUGGUGCACAAGUUGAUGCAAAGAAUGUAGGAAGAAGAAUACUCGAUAAGGUCCACGAGAUGUAUUCUUCUUCUGAUUUUAAUGGUAAAUAUUUUGCAUAUGACGGUGACAAGAGUUUAUUUACUAUUGGUUCUCUACCACGAAAAAAACUUGAGUUCACUGUUAUCAUCGACGAUGUGUCAUCAAAAAGGAGACUGGAAAGUGGAAGCCUUGGAGGAGAAGGUAGCCCAAAUGAGGGUGGUGAUAAGAAGAGGUCUCGUGCAUUUUCUCGUUCCAAAACAUACAAGGUUGCAAUAAACUUUGCUGCCAAAAUUCCAAUUCAAGCGAUUGCAAAUGCCUUGAGAGGAAUAGAUACUGAGCAUUUUCAAGAAGCUGUGAGAGUACUGGAUAUCAUGCUACGACAGAAUGCUGCUAAACAGGGUUGCCUUCUAGUCAGGCAAUCUUUUUUUCACAAUCAACCAAGAAACUUCGUGGAGAUAGGGGGUGGUGUCGUUGGAUGCCGAGGAUUUCAUUCGAGUUUCAGGGCAACUCAGGGAGGUCUCUCUCUCAACGUUGGUAAGCUCUCGAUUGCA